GGCUGCAUCUCUUUGCAAGCAAUUCCAGUUCUGCAUAAAACCAAGAAGAGAGCUGAAUCCUCCAAACAGUAGUUGCAAAGUUAGAUGUAAAAUCAAGCAGCAGAUGAGUGCGACAAGAGGAAAAGGGAGGAGAAAGACAGAGGAAGAGAGAGAGAGAGAGAGUGAGAGAGAGCUGAGGAGAAAAACUUGAAGUGAGAAAAGCUGCAGAGGAAGAAGUUUAUGUGAAACUAGAACAAAAUUAACAACAAAAUUAAAGAAAAACCCUACAGCUUCGCCGAUGACUGCAUCCAAACUUUAAGAAAUAAAAAUCAGAGAGAGAAAAGUCAAGUCAACGCCACGAUGAAGCUUCCUUGUCGCCUCUGCUUCCUCGUUCUAGCUAUUUCUUGUCUUUCCCGAGGACAGAAUGCUGCAACAUCUCCAAAAGUGGAUCAGGGUGCACAACGAACAGCAAGCCCUGACACUCGGACAAUCUCAACCCCCCAGAAUGAAACCAAAGAUGAAACCACCAACCAAAUGACAUCAAACCAACCCUCUCAGACACCUACAGCAAUCACCUUGACAACAGAAGAAACCUACACAACGGAAGCGUCAGGAGAACCCAGUGAAGACACAACGGAAAACAAUACCUCAGAUGACGGCCUAAAAAACACAACAAGGCCUGAUGAUGACAAGACCCAAAUUUCUACAUCAGCUCCAUCCAUACCAGGAACAACUAAAGAGCCUGAACAGAAAAAAAGUCGGUUCCUCUAUGUGAUCCUAGUACUGAUAGCCCUGUUGAUCAUCAUUCUGUGCGUCAUCCUGUACUUCCUCAGGAGGGUCAACAGGAGUUACUCAUUUGAUCUCCAGCGUCCAGUUGGUAACUAUCAAAAUGAGCCUGUUGGUGUCUUCGAACCAGUCUACCUGGAUGACCUGGACCGACCAGUCUCUAAAGACACCGUGAUCACUGAGGACCUUUCAAACUCUCCAGUAGCCAAUGGCACAAAUCUACAGUCGGAGGAAAAAGUUUCCAACGAAGAAAACGCUGCUCAGGAGCAGCCAGAUGCAAACGGUUUGCAGAACUCUCCAACCAGUAAUACCAGUUCAUCAUCAACCGGUGCCGAACCUGAAAAGAUAUCUGAACCGUUAAGCAUGACAGACUUGUUCUUCGAUGCUGUUGGGGAGGAGCAAAAUGAAAAUAACAACAACCCAUCGGUUUGCCCCAGUGGCCCAUUUGUUGAGAUAAACCUGGACGAGCCAGUAUGGUGCAAUCAACUCCUCACCUCCCCUCAAGCCUCCUCCUCAGUCCUCCCUUUCUCUCAUUUUUCCUUUUCCUCCUCUUCUUAGAACUUUUACAGGGUGACCCUCAGGAUCAACUAUGUACACAAAGAGUCUUUGAAACAGGACAUGAGCAGAAGAUCCACACAUUUCUUUUUUUAUUCAUCAUGCCUCCCUGCUAGCUUGUAGCUAUUGCUAGCAAACUAAGCAUCUCAAAAUGCUGUAAACGCAGCGCUAGCUUAAAUCUGUUAUCAGGCCAUAUGUGUUCCUCUUGUCAGAUUUAACUGUCUGACAAAAGUAAAAUACUGUGGAAGUUAUUUUUCUUUCAAAAAAACAUUAUAUGAAUCAAAUAACCAUAAUUUAUAUCAACUCCAUUACAAGACAAACUUCACUUGAAAUAACUAGCUAGCUAGUUAUUUCAACCUUUCUACACUCUUUUAAAUACAAGUUUCUUUUAAACUGAUCUUUUUUUUUCCUGGAUGGUAUGGUAAUGUUACUUGUUGUUUGUCAAACUAUAGUUAGGAGCAGGUGGUGAAAAAUGUGCCAGGAGGUUAUUGUGGUUUUUACUUGAGGCUCUUAUAGCUGAAUUAGAAAUAGUGCUAGAAAAUAAAGAAUAACGAUUAACUGCUGAGAUUUUUGCAUAUUUUUAGUAAUGCUUUGGACCAAACUGACACAACUGUACAGUUUUUAUUGCUUACAAAUGUUAUUAAUUGUUGAAUAAAAAUGUUUUUAAUGAAAUACA